CGAUCUGUAUGUGAUUUGAUGGACAUUGUUUCCUUGAAUGUCCUCUGAAUAUUACUGUAUGAAACAUUAUUGCGGUCUUUAAGCACCAACGUUUUCCUAAUCUGCUAUUUUAGGUCGACCUUUGUAUGCACGAAGAUCCGAAAGUAGAAUACGCCUUGCGGAUGAAACUGUAAAUGUAGCUUUUCUACACAUCGAUCACCGGAAGAAGUUCUUUUCAGCGCCAUUUUCAUAAGUGGACAUCAACGCGUUAUCAACAAGCUAAAAUAGGAGUGUAAAAGAAAAUGGCAGAGGCGAGUAUUGAUGAAGUUACAGAACGUUUGGCACAGACUAAAGUUGAGGCCCAAGAUAAAGUUAGCUUUACAGGAAAAGGUCUGAACGUCGAUAAUGGAGAGGCGCAGACUCAAGUUGCACUCCAAAAUGAAAUUAGCUUCAAAGGAAAAGGUCUGAAGCUUGACAAGGCAGAGGACGCGAAAUGCAUAAUAGAAGAAAUCUUGAAAUGCUCACACAUGACUGCAUUGCGCAUGGAGGGUAACACACUUGGUGUAGAAGCAGCUGAAGCUAUUGCAAGUGCCCUGGGCAAGCAUUCAGAAUUUGAGAGGGCUUAUUGGAGUGAUAUGUUUACUGGGCGCUUGAAGACAGAAAUUCCUCCUGCUUUGAAACACCUUGGCACAGCCAUUAUAUCUGCAAACUGUCAUUUGACAGUGCUGGACUUGAGUGACAAUGCUUUUGGUCCACGAGGUGUAGAGGGGCUUGUAGAUCUCCUUCAGAGUUCUAGCUGCUUCAGUCUUCGUGAACUGCUACUCAACAAUAAUGGUUUGGGCAUUGGUGGUGGAAAAAUGUUGUCUGAGUGUUUACUUGAGUGCCAUAGAAAAAGCGUGGCUGCUGGUCAACCUCUUGCACUGCGCGUGUUUGUUUCUGGUCGCAACCGUCUGGAAAAUGAUGGGGCUAAAGCUUUAGCUGCUGCCUUCAAGACCAUUGGUACACUGGAAGAACUGUGCAUGCCUCAGAAUGGAAUCAACCCUCCUGGUAUAUCUGCACUUGUGGAUGCCAUAUCUGUCAACACCAAUCUUCGUGUUCUCAACUUAAAUGACAACACAUUUACUGCAACAGGAGCAAAAGAAAUGGCAAAGGUUUUGCCUAAACUGCAGAAUCUAGAGGUUGUAAACUUUGGCGACUGCCUUGUAAGAACAGAGGGUGCCAAAGCUCUGGCAGUUGCUUUGAAGGACAGCCACAGUAAAUUGAAGGAACUUAUUUUAAGUGGCAAUGAGAUCAAGCAACCUGGUGCAUUGUCCGUUGCAGAAUGUGUAUCAAACAAGGACAACCUGAAACUUGUGGAUUUGAAUGCUAACCAGUUAGGAGAUGAAGGAGUUGAGCUGGUACGGGACUCGAUGGAAGCUGUGGGCAAACUGAAUGCACUUGCUUCGUUUAGUGAUGAUGAAGGAUGUUCAGAAGAUGAAGAGGGAGAUGAGCCACCUGAAGAAGAUACCGAAGGGGAAGUGAAUGAGGAUCCUGAAUUGCAAGUAAAAGGCAAAGCCAUCACACCAUCAAAACAGGUAUCUGCUGAAGAUUUCCUGUCUUUUCCAUCUCCAUCGAAGCUGCAGCAACUUGGGUUUGACAAAGUAGAAGCAAUGAAAAAAGCCAUUGGUACAGACAUAAAUGAUCCCAACCGGUUAGUGGAGACAGUUAUCAAGGUGUCUCUCAUAGUGAGUGAAGACGAUGCCAAAACCAUGAAAGCAGCUUGUGAAUGUGCAGAUGGCUUGCUAAAGCAUGCAUUUGACAAUAUUGAAAAUGCUGCUUCCGUCAUACCAAAUGCAUUUUUGGUCUUCCUUGGCCUGUUGAAGAGUGAGGACAAGAAGUACAAGGCCCCCAGUAGUAUUACUGGUCCAUUGCUCGUUUUAAGCCACAUUGUUAAACAAACUUACUUCCCUAAAAGUGCCCGUGACACCUUCCAGUUCUUUUUCAGCAGACCUCAUCCUCAGCUGGAGAAGUCUUCAACAGCCAGACACAAAAUCCUGGAGUCUCUUUAUGCAUUUUAGUCAAAACAAUAAUCAGCAGCACCUGACAAAGAUUCUUGAAAGAAAUGGAAUAAUGCUCUCAAUGUUUUUAAUUAGAAAUUAAAAAGUCUUAUUUAAUAUGGAAACACUGUAUUAAGAUGUUGGAUUUUAAUGUCUGUAUAAAUCAUGUAAAGAUUGCUGUUCAAGAGAUGGCAAGUGUUGUUAAUACAUUUGAAGAGAAUCACAAA